UCCAACUGCUGAAGAGUCUCCAUGUGACAGUGAGUGGGGUCCCGGCUCCAGGCGCCGCCCGACGCUAGUUCCCGACCCCAAGCCCUGUCCACUGACCCGGCAUCGGCAGACACCAGCAGGCCGGGGACACUUGGUGUUGUGCUGUGCUGUCGGAGGACUUGAGGUGCAGAGUGAAUUGCCGCCGCCGGGCAGGUGCCUGAGGGACCCCGCCGAGACCCCGGCGUCUCUGGAGAGAGAGGGAGCGGCGAGGCGGGCGAGGAUUUCUUUCAGCGCCGGCGCCCCUGAGCGCAGAGACAUGAACGGCUUCACGCCGGAGGAGAUGAGCCGCGGCGGGGACGCGGCCGCCGCCGUGGCCGCCGUGGUCGCUGCCGCCGCCGCCGCCGCCGCCGCCUCGGCGGGGAACGGGGCCGGGGCAGGGGCCGGGGCUGAGGUCCCCGGCGCCGGGGCGGUCUCGGCGGCUGGGCCCCCGGGAGCGGCCGGGCCGGGCCCCGGGCAACUGUGCUGUCUGCGGGAGGACGGCGAGCGGUGCGGCCGGGCGGCGGGCAACGCCAGCUUCAGCAAGAGGAUCCAGAAGAGCAUCUCCCAGAAGAAGGUGAAGAUCGAGCUGGAUAAGAGCGCAAGGCAUCUUUACAUUUGUGAUUAUCAUAAAAACUUAAUUCAAAGUGUUCGAAACAGAAGAAAGAGAAAAGGGAGUGAUGAUGAUGGAGGAGAUUCACCUGUUCAAGAUAUUGAUACUCCAGAGGUCGAUUUAUACCAAUUACAAGUAAAUACACUUAGGAGAUACAAAAGACACUUCAAACUGCCAACCAGACCAGGACUUAAUAAAGCGCAACUUGUUGAGAUAGUUGGUUGCCACUUUAGGUCUAUUCCAGUGAAUGAAAAAGACACCUUAACAUAUUUCAUCUACUCAGUGAAGAAUGACAAGAACAAAUCAGAUCUCAAGGUUGAUAGUGGUGUUCACUAGGAGAGAUGGAAAUGAGACUAAGACUUGGAUGUUCAGAUGUUGAGAUUGUUUACUGUUUUUUCACAUGUAGAAAUGUUCCUUGUGUAUUUUUUCUACAGAGGAUUUUCUCUGGUUUUAUUUUCUUUGUUUCUGACUCUAAUAAUUAGUUGGAAACUCAUGUAAAAUGAGCUUUCCUAGAUUAAAAAAUAUUUUAAAUAAAGGUUAUUGCUAUUA